AUGAUAAUCAUCAUCAUCACCUCUGUUUCUAUUAUUUUUGGUUGUUGUUGUUGUUUUGUGUGUGUGUCAUCUUGUUUCUUUUCUUUGGAUUCUGGUUUUAUUCUCUUGGGCGAUUUUUUUUUUUUUUUUUUGCAAAAGGUGGCUGUGAGGUGGAGGGAGCCAAUGGCAAUUCGAGGGUUUGCUGCUCGGUGUGUCUCGCGCCUCACCACACGCAACAGCCCGAUCCAGGGGGAGAUGCAGCAAAAGCGCUGUGUCAUGAUGUUUACUGCUCCGCGCUGGGGAUCGUUUAAGUAUCGCCACACACGAACCAUCCCCGACGACGCCGUUAACCCUUUGACGACUCCAACGAAAAUUGAUGCGGGUACUUUACACAUUGUCUCUGUUCCUAUUGGCAAUUUGAAAGACUUUUCUAUCCGUGCACUUGACGUUCUUAAACAGGUUGACUACAUUGUUACGACGGAUAGGCCAGCCACCAAGACACUAUUGGAAUUGGUCCAUAUUGAGGCUCAAGGUCGUCUUAUUCAUUACUCCCGCAGCAAUCGUACGGCAUCCAAAGACAAACUUGUGGAACUACUAAGAGGAGGGAGAAGCAUGGCGCUGGUUUGUACAAGUGGGACACCAUGUGUCGGUGACGUGGGCAGUGAGUUGGUUCGGGAGAUGCAGUCAGAAGGAGUGCGUGUAUCGGCAGUGCCUGGCCCAUGUGCAUUGACAUGCGCCCUGGCAGUUUCUGGCGUCACUUUCUCCCCGUACGAGAGCGACAAGUCGUCUUCCACGGCGAUGCAAGCCGAAAGUCCUUCAUUAUCUUCUUUGCGUUCUCUUCGUGACGGAUCGUUCUUCUUUGGAAACAUGCUGCCGGAGUCGCAUGGAGCACGCCUUCGCAUUCUUCGAAAUACCGUCCGGCAGGCUAAUUACCCCUGUUUAUUUUACGAGAUUCCUCGGCGAUUAUUGCUUGUUCUGCAAGACAUAGCUUUGGUGUUGCCAAGGCGUCGCGUUGUUGUUGCCCACGAAUUAACCAAAAUGAACGAGUCACUGCAUGCGGAUACUGCAGUCAAACUGCUUGCCUUCUACUCACGCCAGGAAGCAAACAUGAUGCUCAAGAAAGGGCAGCUGGUGCUCAUCAUUGACGGUCCUGAUGCCGAUGAGACGCAGGAGUACUUGCAGAGAGAAGCGGAAAAAAGACGGCGAUUACGGCGAGAAGUCACGGAGUUGGUUGGUGAGCGUUGCGACGAGAAGGAUUCGUGCAACCGAAUUGCUCAACCAAAGGUCCGAAGCAGACGUGAGCUAAUUCGAAGGAAACGUCGCAAGCGGCUUAUUGCGAAGAUUGAGAAGGAGCAAGAAAAGAUUCGAAUGAUCAUGAAAAUCAACCAGACCGAUGCGUCCAGGGUGUAA